CUUCCUCUAUUGCCCGGCAUUCUUUUCUUCUUCUUCCUCACUACUUCGACCUAAAAUCCAAAUCCCAGGGUUUUCACUCUGAUCCCCAUCUCCUUCGCCAAAUCCGAGCUCCGACAAUGGCGUUUUGGUGGCCAUUGCUUGUCCUCGCUCUCGCUUACGGGCUCUGCCGCUUCCUGCUCAUGCUCAUACCCCCCAGCGUCCCUUCGAUCGAGGUCGACGCUUCCGAUGUGGUGGAGGAUGGGAGCCAGACCAAGGAGAACAGCUACAUUUAUAUACCGAGAAGGGGGAGAUCGAUGCAAACGGACAAGGUUCAGUGCUACGAGCCCGCAACUAUGAAGUAUUUAGGAUAUUUCCCUGCAUUGACUCCUGAAGAGGUUAAGGAGCAUGUGGCUCAAGCCAGGAAGGCACAAAAGAUAUGGGCAAAGAGUAGCUUCAAACAAAGGCGCCAAUUUUUGCGAAUCCUGCUCAAGUACAUAAUUGAGCAUCAAGAGCUUAUAUGCGAGGUAUCUUCUAGGGACACUGGAAAAACGAUGGUUGAUGCAUCACUGGGAGAGAUAAUGACAACGUGUGAGAAGAUCACUUGGCUUCUGGAUGAGGGUGAGAAGUGGCUAAAGCCUGAAUACAGAUCCUCUGGGCGUUCAAUGCUGCACAAGAGGUCAAAGGUGGAAUUCUAUCCUCUAGGAGUGAUUGGUGCAAUAGUUUCUUGGAACUAUCCUUUUCACAAUGUCUUUAAUCCUGUGCUGGCUGCAGUUUUCUCUGGAAAUGCUGCAGUAAUAAAGGUUUCAGAGCAUGCAAGUUGGUCUGGAUGCUUUUACUACCGAAUCAUUCAAGCAGCUCUUGCUGCUGUAGGAGCUCCGGAUAACCUUGUCCAUAUAAUAACAGGAUUUGCCGAAACGGGACAAGCUCUUGUGUCUUCUGUGGACAAAAUUAUUUUUGUUGGAUCACCUGGUGUGGGAAAAAUGAUCAUGCAAAAGGCCUCAGAAACCUUGAUACCUGUCACUCUUGAGCUUGGUGGAAAGGAUGCAUUCAUUGUCUGUGAAGAUGUAGACCUACCUAAUGUUGUGCAAGUUGCCAUUAGAGCUGCUCUACAAUCUAGCGGGCAGAAUUGUGCUGGUGCUGAAAGAUUCUAUGUUCACAAAGACAUUUAUCCUACCUUUGUCGCUCAGAUAGUCAAACUUGUUAAAUCGAUAACUGUCGGUCCUCCGUUGGCUGGAAAAUACGAUAUGGGUGCAAUAUGUAUACAAGAACAUGUUGAAAAGCUUCAAAAUCUCGUGGAUGAUGCAUUGGAAAAAGGAGCGGAAAUCGUAGGUAGAGGGCAUUUUGGCAAUUUGGGGGAAGACGCAGUUGAUCAAUACUUUACUCCGACUGUCAUUGUAAAUGUUGACCACACCAUGAAGCUGAUGCAAGAGGAGGCUUUUGGACCGAUCAUCCCAAUAAUGAAAUUUAGCACAGAUGAAGAGGCUAUCGAGCUCGCAAAUGACUCCAAAUAUGGACUUGGUUGUGCUGUGUUUUCGGGCAACCAGAGACGUGCAAUAAAAAUAGCUUCCCAAGUUCAUUGUGGGUUUGCAGCGAUCAAUGAUUUUGCUUCAACGUACAUGUGUCAGUCUUUACCCUUUGGUGGUGUAAAGCAUAGUGGAUUUGGUAGAUUCGCUGGUGUAGAAGGUUUGCGUGCGUGCUGUCUCGUGAAGGCAGUGGUCGAGGACAGAUGGUGGCCAUACAUUAAAACCAAGAUCCCUAAACCUAUCCAGUACCCUGUUGCAGAGAACGGCUUUGAGUUCCAGGAAUCACUCGUAGAAACUCUCUACGGACUGAGCGUGUGGGACAGGCUGCGGUCCUUGGUCAAUGUAUUAAAGAUCCUCUCGGAGCAGAAUUCUACGACUAACACUGUGAAGAAAACACGAUGAGCCAAUGAGUGUAAGCCGAUAUCAUCCGCACCUGCAACUUUGUUUUCUGGUAACCAAAUUCUCUCCAAUCAGGGGUAAAUAGGCUGUAUCCCCAUGUAAGGUAAGGCCUUCGUGCUUAUCACCUUUUUGAUAAAAAGGGAGGAAUGGUUCCAUAUGUGGCUGUUUUUCUUCAUAGAUUGAAUGUUGAGAAAAUCUCUCUGUAGUAAAUUUGGAUGUGCUAGAGAAACUCGUCUUUAUUUACUAGUUGGCGAAUAUACUUGAUUAAUGAAUGUACAUGGUUGGUGAAUGUAGAUGCUAUUAUUAACACUCGUGUUAUGCGGUCAAUUAGUUUUCCAUUCUGGUGCCUCUCGGCUAUAUUUGAACGA